AUGGUCAACAUGCGAGCUAUUCCUUCUCUGCCGACACUGAUCGCGCUCGGCCUUUUCGCCCCUCGAGUUCUUGCAGCCGAUACCCUCAGCACCCAAGGUCUGACGACUUGCCUGUCAGAUUCCGCUAUCCAGGUCGAUAAAUUAGAUGUCACUUACACCCGUUCCACCAGAGAAAUCGUGUUCGAUGUUGCUGGCACCAACGCGAAGGAACAGAACGUCACUGCGGCAUUGACCAUCUAUGCCUACGGCAGCCAAAUAUACUCCGAAUCAUUCGACCCAUGUAGCAGCGAAUACUAUGUGGAGCAACUCUGUCCUGUUGCUGCCGGUAGUUUCUCGGCGAUAGGAACGCAAACGUUACCCGAGUCAUUCGCCAGCGAGGUUCCCUCUAUCGCUUUUGCUAUCCCCGACCUGGAUGGGCAAGUGAAACUUCAAUUAAAAUCAAAGACGGAUAACGAUGAGCUAGCAUGCAUCCAGUCCGACCUGACCAAUGGCAAUACCAUGCAAAUUGCGGGUGUCUCAUAUGCUGCCGCUGGCGUGGCAGGAGCGGCAUUGGCCGUGAGCGGACUCUCCGCUCUAGGUGCUGUUGGCCACCCUGGAGCAGCUGGUUCAUCCAGUCCCAACUUCGGUGAUGUCGUGACUUGGUUUCACACCAUGGCGACCAAUGGAAUGCUUAGCGUCAGCUACCCGACCGUGUACCGCAGUUUUUCGAAGAACUUUGCCUUCAGCACGGGCUUGAUUUCAUGGGGCAAGAUGCAGGAGGCUAUCGAUAACUUCCGACAAUCCACCGGCGGGAACCUCACCGACAACAACUACCAGUACCUUCUCAAUGCUACUCUCGUGUAUUCUGGGGACUCAUCAUCAAAUUUUAGCUCGAAUUCUAAGCGGGGACUGAAUUUGGUUGUCGGCGCUGUCAAUGUAGCCGCGCGCGAGGUUUCGACUUCAUACAGCAAUAACACAACUUCGACCAAUAGCACCACCGCCAGUGACGACAGCGAUAGUUUCGAACACUUUGUUUCAGGCAUUGAGGCCUAUGUGGAACAGCUUACUGUCCCCCAAGCAAAUACUUUCAUGACCGUCCUGCUAAUAUUUGCUAUCCUUAUUGCUGCCAUCACUGUGGGGAUCUUGCUCCUCAAGGUCAUCCUUGAAGUGUGGGCUCUCUACGGCUCUUUCCCCCAAAAACUCACGAACUUUCGCAAAGACUACUGGGGUUUGUUGGGCCGGACAAUAACUAACUUGAUUCUCCUUCUCUACGGAGUUUGGGUAAUCUGGUGUGUCUACCAGCUCAGCGGCGGGGACUCAUGGGCUGCAAAACUUUUGGCCGCUGUCGCGCUCACUGUUUUCACUGGUGUCUUGCUGUUCUUCGGUCUCCGGAUCGCAUUUCUGGCCCGGAAGUACAAGCAGUCCGAAGGUGACGCUUCCCAUUUGUACGACGACCACGAAACCUGGCGCAAGUACAGUCUUUUCUAUGACAACUAUAAAAAGGAUUACUGGUGGGCCUUCGUCCCCGCCAUUGUGUACAUGUUUGCGAAGGGAUGUGUAAUCGCCGCUGCCGAUGGUCAUGGGCUUGUCCAAAGCGCUGGUCAACUAAUCGUGGAGGCUCUCAUGCUUACGCUUCUGCUGUGGAAUCGCCCUUACGUCGCCAAGUCAAGCCAGUGGAUCAACAUUACAGUCCAAGUAGUGCGUGUUUUGUCCAUUGCUUGUGUCUUGAUCUUCGUCGACGAACUCGGACUCUCGGAGACCACUAAAACCGUCACCGGCAUUGUCCUUAUCGCUAUCCAGUCGGGGCUCAGUGGUGUCUUGGCAAUCCUUAUCGCCACCAACGCUAUUAUUCUUUGCAUUCGUGAGAACCCUCAUGCAAAGCGGAAGAGGGAAGCUAACAAAAUGAAUCGUGAUAUUGACGAUUUGACACCUCUCGACGCACGCGAGUCUCUUCUUAUGGAGCAUCCCCCUCGCAAAGAGUACUCGGAAAUGAGCAACUUCAAUUUCACCGGCCCUUAUGAGCCCUACCGCGAUCAACACGAUUCGAAGUCGCGACAAAGCACAGGUAGCACGGAACGCUUGGUUGAUCCAGGAUACCCUUUAGAUGAUCGACAUGGUCGAAGUAUAAGCCGAGAGAGCCGGCGAAGCCAUGAGAGCCAUGGCAGCCACGACUCCCCUGAAGGGCGCCAUGCCACGACCCCCGGGUAUGGGUUCGCUUAUUGA